ACCUACACCAACACUACUUGUACCGGAAACAGGUGAAUUCCACAGGUAACAUUCACCAAACGUUGCCAUGGAGACAAGUAUGCAAACAACACGUGCGAUAGAGGAGCCUGAGACGUUAGCUGAGAAAAAAGCCUCCUUGAACUGUAAAAAAUAGAGAAUAACUUACGAGAAUAGAAGAGAGGGGUUGGUGUGACUGUCUUGGAAUUUUGCUUCGUUUCAAGGAUAAUUUAUAAAGAAACUGACAUGGAAAUUGAAAUGAAAAAAAGUACUUGCUUAUAAAUAUCGCGUUUCAAGAGUUACGUAUAAAGAGUGCAGUGUUUGAAUGAUUAAAUGAAAAAGAAGUAGUUGUUUAUACAUAAGCGUGAUAGCGUAUGAACUGUGAAUAAGACAAGAGUGUGGGUGUGUCUGGCCAGCGUGCGGAGGGAGGAGCGACAAGAACUGAGCUGUUUACAAGACCGUUCCUGCUUAGUGCUUUUGUAUACCAUGCUGGAAACUUCUCCGCCUAAAUCUAUAGACAUUAUUGAACAAGGCGUGGAGGCGCGAGUGGGAGCGGUGGGUCAUCACUGGAUACGGCUGGAAUGGGGAGAGGAGGGGCAGGAGGAGGAAGGAGACGAUAUGGGACUACAGGCCGAAACUGUACAUCCUUCUUCACGUCCCUCCAGCCCUGGGGAGGGAGAAGGAGUGAGUGAUGCCUACGAAGACUACCUCGCUCUGGCCUAUGCUAAAGAAGUGGACCCCGACACAUACCCGCAAGAUGAGGAUGGUUUGGCAGACGGGCCGCUUGAAGAGGAGGUGGACAGGACAGAAGUGUUUACAGAAAGACCAGUGAGGGUAUUUACUGUUCAGCUCCUGCGUCCGAGAACUGGCUGGGUUACAGUGUAUAAGGGAAGCGGAGGAAGCUGUCUGUUGCAGGGCCUCUCCCCUUCCCAGGACGUGACAGCCAGAAUACAGGUAGCUCAGGAUAGCACAGCCUCCCCAUGGACCUCUGUCAGCGCGCACACCAAAAGUCUCCCAGUCAGCGGGCAGGACCUGGUGGAGGCUGUGAGGGAGAAUAAUGCUACCUCAGUUCGCGAUGUCCUCACUGACCUUACUCGCUUCUCACAGGUGGAGCGAGUGGACGGCGUGGUGGAUGGGGGACACACGGCCCUGGUGGCGGGGGUAGCUGCGGGGGCCCGGGAUGCCUUGGCUGUGCUGGUUGAGCGUCGGGCUGCCGUGGACUCUGCUACAGAUGGGCCGCACCUCACCCCUCUUGCCAUGGCGGCCUGGGAGGGGCGCACCGAUCUGGCUAGGAGGCUCAGAACUGCCGGAGCUGACUGGAAUCUUCCGGACAGGAACGGCUUGACGGCUCUGCAUUAUGGGGUGGCUGGGGGGCGGCUGGAGGUGGUGAAGGCGGCACUGCAGGAUGGAGCUGACGUGAAGCUUCCAGCGGGCUCCCAUCCUCCUCUUAUGUUGGCUCUGGCUGGGAUCUCUUCACUGGCAGCAGCUUCUAGUAGGAAAAGGAAGGAGGAAGGAGAGGAGGAGGAGGAGGAGGAGGAGGAGAGACAGGAGGACAAGGACGAGGAGGUGGCGUGCAGAAUGGUGGAGCUGUUACUUGAAGGAGGGGCGGAGGUGAACCAGAGAGGGAGUGGAGGGAACACUGCCCUCCACGCCGCCCUUAACCUUGGCAUGGCGCCGCUGGCGAGGCAGUUGGUAGCAGCGGGAGCCGAUCCUCAUCUAGCAAAUGGCCGCGGUUACACGCCCACCCAUCUAGCACUCCUAACGGGCCACUCCCUGGAUACAGCUACACCGCGGGACCAGGACAAGCCGGCAAUGGGCGAGCUGGAGGCCCUAACACACCUGGUUGACGAGGAGACGCGCUCAUGAGGGAUAGCCAGAGGUGUUGCCAGUCCCUCUCGCCGCACGUCUCCCUGCACUCGACAACAGAGCGGCAUAAUAUUGUUCGCGACCCGUUAUGCAUUAGAGAGGCGAGAGUAGAGGCUGGGAGGAGUGAGAGAGUGGCAGAGAGGUGGCAGGGAGGGAGAAUGGUGCGAGAAAGGAUAAUUUUAUUGUUUCUCGCUUGUUAUUUUGCAUGUUUCUCGUUUAGCUCAAUACGUUUUGCUUUUCUAGUGAUGUUUUCAUCAUUGCUUGGCGGUGCAUAAGCGAGGCGAGGCAUGAGGAGAGAGAACAAUAAAUGAUAUGUUGGUUUUGUCGUUGUGAUGUCUUUUUAUCAUGCUUAGUUCGUCUUUCGUUAUUUUGUAGCUUUGAUCAUUUCAUUGCAAUGCGUGAGGAGACACAAAGAGAGAGAGGGAGUGUAAGUGGUGCUGGUUUAGUUUUUACUCGUUGUUAAUCCUGCCUUUAUUAUUACGCCUAAUAUAUUUUUGUCUUCAGUUCAGUUUUCGUUGUUUUGAAAAUUUUAACCAGGUUGCUUUUCGUUUGUACGUAGUUGCAUUUAAAGCUAAGAGAAGAGCGGGAUGACGUGAUGUUAUAAAACUAACCUCUCACUCGCUUCCAUAUGCUCAUCAUACAUUGUGUUCAUUGCCACUCUGAGAUGUAUUAGGAGAGGUGGUAAACAGUCUUGCAUGUUGAUUAUUCUUACUCUAAUAGUAUUCAGUCUCAAAAUAGACAUCUAGUCAGCAAGAACUCUACUAUAAUAUGGAAUAAUUAAUAAACCUACAGACAUAUGUAUUUGCUUCUGUACAAAUGUGUAUGUAAGCAAGUAAUCAGUAUGAAAAGUAUUAAUUUUCAUAAUUAUCUUGAUGUGUUUAUUCUUUUCCUGGAUGUUUGUGAAUAAAAAAAAUAAA